AUGAUCGUCAGUGGGGUUGAUAUUCCUCAAGGCCCGAUAUUCAAAUGCACCAAGGUGACAAUUACAAGGGAAAAGCGUACCCGGGAUUAUUUACCAGAGGAUACCUUAUCUUUCAACGAUGAGGACGCAGAAGGAAUCGGACAACCUCAAAAUGAUGCCCUGGUAAUAUCUAUCCUUAUAAAUAAAAUUCAAGUUAAACUUGUGUUAGUUGACCUAGGUAUCUCGGAAAAUAUCAUCCGAUCGAGGGUCGUGGAGCAACUCAGCCUCCAGGAUCAAAUCGUGUCUGCAGCUCGGGUGCUCAACGGUUUCAACAUGGCAAGUGAAACCACCAAAGGGGAAAUCAUGUUGCCAGUAAACAUGGUCGGAACUAUCCAGGAAACAAAAUUUCAUGUAAUCGAAGGUGAUAUGAGAUACAACGUGCUUCUCGGGAGACCUUGGAUCCAUAAUAUGAGGGCGGUACCUUCAAUGCUUCAUCAGGUCUUGAAAUUCCCAACAUCGGAAGGAGUCAAAAUGGUGUACGGCGAACAACCAGCAGCCAAAGAGAUAUUUGCGAUUGAUGAGGUAAUUCCAGUAUCGACACUAACAUCAACAAAGGGACCAGAAUCAAUGGAAAAGCAAGAAGUCAAAUAG